AUGACAAGCCCGGAGUCUACUCCGAAGCUCGCCGUUGCAAUCCUGAUUGUCUCCGACACGGCUUCGAAAGACCCCACCUCGGACAGGACGGCGAACGCUCUCACUCCCGUUCUCGCCGGCGAAGGGAAAUGGGAGACUCCCACUGUCAGGAUAGUGCCUGACAACAAAUUCCAGAUCCAGCAAGCUAUAUGCGAAUGGACCGAUGGACCUGAUUGGUAUAAUCUCAUCCUGCUCAGCGGCGGAACUGGUUUCGCUGUCCGCGAUAACACUCCCGAGGCAGUAUCUCCAUUGAUACAUCGGCACGCGCCUGGUCUCAUCCACGGCAUGAUUGCCGCCUCACUCAAGAUUACCCCAUUCGCGAUGAUGGCUCGCCCAGUUGCUGGCGUUCGUGAAAGAUCUCUGAUCAUCACUCUGCCUGGGUCCCCCAAAGGAGCCGUGGAGAAUCUCGAAGCUGUGAUCAAACUACUACCACAUGCCUGCUUGCAAAGCGCCGGUGGUAGCUCCCGGGAGAUGCAUGCGGGUGGUGUGCAGAAGUUGGAGGCUGAAGCGGGACUGUCAUCGACAACAACAUCCAGGGAAGCCCCGCAGACCCAGGAGCACAAGCACCAUCAUCAUCAUCACCACCACAACCAUCAUGACCAUGGUCAUGGACAUGCAGUUCCUCGAGCCCAUACAUCUCCUGCGGAUAGGCCCCAGUCCAAUGACCCAUCCGUGGGUCCCAGCCAGCGUCAUCGUUCCUCGCCUUUCCCUAUGUUGACCGUCGAGGAAGCUUUACAGCGAAUCAGCGAGCAUACACCGGCACCAACUGUAAUCGAAGCCCCAGUAAAUACUUCUAUUGUGGGUUCGGUUAUUGCUGAGGAUGUAUACGCUGCCGAGGCUGUACCUGCUUACAAGGCCAGCAUAGUCGACGGUUAUGCAGUCAUUGCAUCAGAUUCCUCAACAGGACCCAACACGAAAGGUGUAUUUCCCGUAGCUUCAGUCACUCACGCCAACGUGGGUGGAAAGCUACAGCCGCUGAUGCCUGGGACCAUUGCAAGAAUUACCACGGGAGCACCGCUUCCGCCAAACGCAAACGCUGUAGUCAUGGUCGAGGAUACAGUCUUGGCUUCAACUACCGCAGACGGCACAGAAGAGGCGACUGUCGAGAUUUUGACUAACGACAUUCGCCCGGGGGAGAAUGUUCGAGAGCCUGGUAGCGAUGUCACUUUGGGAUCGAAAAUCCUCUCUCGAGGAGACAUCAUCUCCCCGGUUGGUGGAGAAAUUGGGCUGCUAGCAGCCACCGGAGUCCGUUCCGUAAAAGUAUACAAGAAGCCUUGCGUUGGUGUCUUGAGCACUGGCGAUGAGCUGGUGGAGCAUGAUGACCCCCGCUCUCUCACGGGGGGUCAGAUUCGCGACUCUAAUCGUCCGUCCCUUCUAUCUUGUCUUCAAUCUUGGGGCUUCCCUACCGUUGAUUUGGGCAUUGCGCGCGACACUCCAGCCGGCGAGAUUGAGCACGCCUUGCGUGAUUCGCUUCGCGGUGUUGGCCGAGCUUCCUCCAGCGUUGAGGUCAUUGUCACUACUGGUGGCGUGUCUAUGGGCGAGCUUGAUUUGCUUAAGCCCACGAUCGAAAGAUCGCUCGGUGGUACAAUUCAUUUCGGCCGUGUCUCGAUGAAACCCGGUAAACCUACCACAUUCGCCACUAUUUCAUUUAAAGAGACCGCAACCGAGGGCACUGAGACGCAUCAAAAGGAGCGAAAGCCGAAGCUGGUUUUUGCUCUUCCAGGUAAUCCAGCUUCGGCGUUGGUAACCCUCAAUCUGUUUGUCUUGCCUUCACUGCACAAGCUCUCUGGUCUGAGCGAAAAACUCCCAGCUACAAGCUCGGUGGCACUCAUGGGUCCGCGAAGCGGCCUGCCACUGGUGUCAGUCGUGUUGACUCAUGAUUUCCCACUGGAUUCAAAGCGUACCGAGUAUCAUCGCGCCACUGUUGCUGCCUCGCGCGCUGAUGGGCGAUUGUACGCAACCAGCACCGGUGUAAGCGGCACUGGUCAGCGAAGCUCCCGCGUCGGUAGCCUUGCAUCCGCUAAUGCGCUCAUUGUAUUACGUCCUGGGAACGGCGUUGCAAAAAAGGGUGUUCUUGUGGAGGCUUUAAUGAUGGGCCCUGUCUAUAGCUGCGAUACGCAGGCUUCUGAAUAA